AAGGUCGUGGGCGUCACUGGGUUGGCGCUCGACUCCGUGAUAUCCACCGUCGGCGUUGCUGCAGCCACCGUUAGCACCAGCAUGCCUGGGCCGACGGAGCAGUGGAUGGUCGACACGAAGGUCGUCGGCGCCUCUUCCCUGAGGGCUGGUGGCCAGGUGUGGCAGGCCUUCCAGGACGCGAGCGCGGGCUUCUGGAGGGAGGUCGCCGACGCCUCCUCCGACGUCAUCGCGCACAAGUACGGGAGCGAGGCCGGAAAGGCCGCGCGGGACAGUAUGCACGCGGUGGGCAACGUCCGCGAGGUCAAGGCGGCCCUCUCCAAGAAGGUGGUGGGCACGAUCGCAGGGAAGUCUUCCGGACAUGUCGCCGACGCCCUGGAUCGCGACAGCCAUCAAAGCGGACCAGACCCCGCCAACGAAUUUGACCGGCACCCGCGCAGCAGUUCGGAGCUUGCCAGGCUCGUUGUUAGAAGUGCAUUGAGCCGUGCAGCUACCGCCCAGUGUUAGCUUAGCAUACCAGCUGGCACUCUCGACGCGCAGCACAACCAUGCUUCGCAGUGCUGCUGUGCGCGUUUGGGUUUGUGUAUGGACGAGUAUCGAAAAAGGCAUAUGGGAAAACCGUAAGAAUACAACGUGCGUGUCUGUGAUUGUGCCUGCAUGGUCCUCGGCUGGCCCCAUAAGCGGGCCGCUACAGGUUGGCAUGUGGCCCCCUAACUGUUCUGGCGUGGUGCCCCCAUGGCCUCAUGAGCGGGUCAGCGGGGCCACGCAGUAGUGCUCUGCCUCAUAUGUAGGCAGUGCGUGGCAGUUGGCACGUCGGCAGUCUCAGGCGUGGCCAGGUCGACAAAGGCA